AUGAAGAUACUAUACUAUCUCUUCCAUUUUCUGUGUUACAUGACCUUCAUUCUACCAGCCACAUGCUCUUUGGUGGAGGCUGAUCGUUGCUCAAGAUAUAAAGGUUUGUGUAGAAGAAAGUGUCACAUGGACGAAAAGCAGGUUGAUGUAUGUUUCUCACCAUUUAAGAUUUGCUGUGUUGACAGGCCAUCUGAUGAUGAUUAA